UUCAGAAGAGUUAUUAUUGUAUUCCUAAUUUUUGUUUGUACUUUAAAAUUGAGGACCUGUUAUUAGUCGAUAUAAAUGUGAUGUUUAAGGUCCUGGUGGCUUUUAUUCUAAAAUUUCAUUAUAUCGCAGUGUUCGCUAAUUAAAUUCUAAAAUGACUGAGACGCGUCGUUUACAACUCCAUCUGGGGAAAUGUAUCGAAGAUUUAGAUAAAUUACACAAUGUUGACUUUAAAUCUAAAAGAGCUACAAUGUUAUGCAAAACAGCUCAAAAACUUUUUGAAACUGCAGAAGAGGCCCGUGAAAAGGGCGAUGAGGAGUAUUCCUAUGUACAAUACAUGAAAUACCUGCGAGUAGUUUCAUAUAUAAGCAAAGAUAAAGAUUAUACAAAAGACAAGACUUACUUUAACAGUAUGAUUGGAACAAAAAAUCCAAACAAAGCAAUAGAUGCAGCAGAGAAUUUAAAAAAUAGCUUAAUUGUGAGAUAUAAAAAAGAAGAACAAGCGCAACGCCUACAAGACAUAAAAGAGAAUGAAUUGAUUAAGCAAAAAAUUGAUGAAAACAGAAAGAAAGCAAUGGAAACAGUGGUAGUGAGUGACCCACAUGGUGUACCAGGUCUAGAGGAAGUGACGAUAAAAAGUGAACAAUUGUACACUUUACUAAAAAGUGGCAAGUUAAAGGUUAUGAUAAUGGACGCCAGGCCUGGAAAGGACUACAUUGAGUCCCACAUCAACCACCCAGCUUGCAUCAGUGUACCACAGGAAUGUAUAUCACCCGGACAAUCAGCACAUGUAUUGGAACAAAGCUUGCCAGCGGCCUCAAAACCAGUGUGGGCUGAACGAGCCUCCAUGGACAUCAUUGUUAUGUUGGACUGGAACAGUUCUGCAUUCAUACCAGGAAUGACUCUCCAUUUGUUGAAAACUAUUCUACUUAAGUGGGAUGUUAAAGUUCAAUAUUCAAGACAACCGCUCGCUUUAAGCGGCGGAUACGAAGACUGGCUUUUGAAGUAUCCCGCGUUCACAACAAAUCCGCAAGUGAUACCCCCGUCACAGGAGAGCAUGCUUGAUGAUAUUAUGUUAGACGGAAUCGACUAUCCUAACUUUUCGGAUUUGAGUCCACCGCCGGCUCCCGUUAGUCGGGUCAACAAACCUGGAGAACCAGCCGUAGACCGAAGUAGCAAGUCGGCGGCGCUGGCGCUGUACUCGGAGCGCGCGCGCGGCGUGCAGACGCUGCUGGAGCAGCAGGAGCGCAUCGAGGACACCUCGCUCACGCUGGAGAUGGAGCGCCUCAAGGCCGAGCAGGACUGGGAGGAUGUCCGCCAGCACCGUGAGGUGGAACAGCGAGAUGAGAUGCGAGCCAUGUACAAGCUAAGGGAGCAGGAGAUCAUAUCACAGCUCAUGCAGCUCGAGAACAAACAAUACGACAUGGAACAAGAAAAUCUUUCUCUCCGCGAGCAACUCGAAGAGUAUCAGCGGAGGGAGAAAGAAGAGGCGGAGAAACUCGCGGAGAGUAUCGUGAAGGCGUCUGAGGACGUUCCCGUGGACGACGACGUACAGGUGGCGGCGGCGGCGUCGCGCGCGCGCAUCGCGGCCGUGCGCGCGCAGCGGGACGCGCUGGACCGCCGCCGGGAGGCGCUGGAGACCGAGCGGAAGCGGAAGCUGGCCGAGGCGCGCGCCAAGCGGAAGCCGGGCCGGGAGGACGACGGCGACGCCUACAUGGGCUCCCCGACGGACAGCCCCGGGGCCACCGGUCUGAAUCGCUCGCAGUCGUCGCCCAAUAUCGCCAAGGUGUCAUCGGACGAGGACGAGUCGGCCGCCCCGCAGUUCGACCGCAGCACCAAGCCUCCGCCGCCCAAGAUGGCACCCUCCUGCGAGCUGCACCAGCGGGACUUCCAGCCCGUGUGGGGGGACGUGGGUCGUGGGCUGACAGGUCUGAAGAAUCUUGGGAAUACGUGUUAUAUGAAUUCGAUAAUUCAAUGCCUGAACAAUACGGCUAUACUUUUCACGUAUUUCUGCAACGGACAAUACCUUGAACAUAUUAACAGGUCACACAGUACGCGUGGUGCGAUAGCGGAAGAAUUAGCCGCCGUGGUCCGCGCGCUGUGGUCCGGACAAUACCGAUUCAUCGCUGCUAAAGAUUUACGGAACGAGGUUGGUAAACAUCAGCGAGCGUUCCGUGGCAGCGAGCAGCAGGACUCGCACGAGUUCCUCACGAUCCUCAUGGACUGGCUCCACCUGGAUCUGCAGUUCACCAUCAAGCCGCCACACAAGGAGACCCUGGGCGCGUCGGAGCGCGCGUGGCACGAGUACACGAAGUCCAAGGAGAGCCUGGUGCUGCGCCUGUUCUACGGCCAGAUCCGCUCCACCGUGCGCUGCACCGUCUGCCUCGCCAACUCGCCCACGUACGACUCCUUCUCCAACCUGUCGCUGGAGCUGCCGCCGCACUCCGCGCGCUGCACGCUCGCCGACUGUCUCAACCUCUACCUGAACGGCGAGACGAUACCAGGCUGGAACUGUCCCAAUUGCAAGGAGAAGCGUGACGCAGUAAAAAAACUCGACAUAUCACGACUGCCCCCCGUACUGGUUAUACAUUUUAAGCGAUUCUACGUCGACCCCAAGGAGUACAUGUGCAACGCGUAUAGAAAGAAACAGACAUAUAUAGACUUUCCACUGGAAGACCUGGAUAUGAGGCAGUUCUCACUGGAUUGUCCAGGAAAUCCGCUGUAUAAUCUAUAUGCGGUGUCGAACCAUUACGGGUCAAUGGAGGGGGGGCAUUACACAGCGUAUUGCAAGAGCAGCGUAUACGGAAAAUGGUACAAAUACGACGACCACCUGGUGACAGAGAUCCCAGCCAGCGAGGUCCGCUCCAGCGCCGCCUACAUCCUGUUCUACACGUCGUGUACGCGGUCGUGAUCCCCCCUCCUCACAUUAGACGCACUCACACGACCGAUUCUCGAUCACCACUUGUAGGGGUACUCGAUUAAUAUAUUAUAUGGGAAACGAAUAUCGUAAAUUGUAUUAAAAUGAUCGACAUUUUUUUUUGCAUUUAUGAUGGAAGAAUUACUAACUUUUAAUACGUUGGAUGAGUCUAUGGUUACUACUUUUUUUUAAAUGUGUAAUGAAAUUCAUCGAUUCUUAAAACGGUCGCCCUUUUGUUUAGGUAAUUCCGCUAAUACCAAAAUAGAACAAUUUUAAAUAUGCAGUUUAUUGUUAACACUUUUCAACAUGCGUAUCUAGUUGAUGUAGAUAUGACCUUGAAAUGCAAACAUUCUAAGAAUACGAACUUCAAGUACAUAGUUGGUAUUGAGUAUUAUCAAAGGCCAUGACGUACAUAUAUAUAAAUGUGAGACUAAUUCAAUUUGUCAAUGAAUAAUUUGCGUACCUUACCCAUAACUCGAGUUAAGUGUGAGGGAAACGGAGAUAAAACGUUCGGGCAUUUUUUGUAUGCGUCUUUACAGUACCGACACUACGCGAAUGUUCUAGAUUCGCGUGAAAUUACCGACACAGGCUGCAAAACCUUUACAUACAUUUGCAAACGACACGCUUCACUCGUAGGUUCGCAUUUUAGUGCGAAUAUGGUUACCGGCAUAAAGCACAGUCGUUUUUUCUCUUUUUAGAGGAUCAGUAUCGGUGCAGUCCGUUGUCUAUGCCUUUGACUACUACACAACCAACGACAUUAUUCAAAUUUUAAACAACUUCUAAGCUACGUAUUUGUGAUCUAAUAAUUUGUAAUUUCUUACGUAUCGUGACCAUAUAAUAAUAUUUGUUGUGAUUUGAUGUAAAAUGUUUUCAACAUUUAGGUUAUACAACUGCCGCCUUAUCCUCUAUCAUCUUUCUAUUAUCUAUGGGUCUUAGUCAAUUCAUUAGUUUAAACUGUAACAUAACUAAUCUGUUUCCGAUUCUUUUAUGAAACCAAAUAGUUUUAUGACAAAUAUUCGAGUCAAUAUAUAUUACAUUAGGUAAUAUACACACCGUUAUUUUCAUUUGGUUUUUAAAUAAGUACCAAUAGUUAUUUUAUUCGCUUGGUUUUAUUUGUGAUGCGAGUUACUUAUUAGUCUUUCUUAAUAUAAAUAUUUGUUUUAAAAUUAAGGAUAUACAUACUCAUGUAUAAUAAAACUGCUAAUUAUUUCGUAAUGGCAGUAUCAAGUUUGACUAGCAUGAGUAUGAAUAGGCUUGCGUUACAUUUUUAAUUAUCUUUUUUUUUAUUUCUUAUUUAAUUCAUAUAUUUUGUUCGAAAUAAAAUGUAUCACACCGUACCAAAUAAUUUCAAAUUCAUUGAUGGAUUUUAAUAUUUGUCUUCCUAAACUUACAAUCUAUACAUAAUGUAAAUUCAGUAUAUUUAAAUUUAUAAUUUGUAUGAAUAUCUGCUUGUUCUAAAAUUAGAAGCAAAUAAAUAUUUUUGUAUUUCGUAAAAGUAUUGGCUGUAUAAAAUGCUUUUCCCAUUUAAUAAAACUAUUUAUUAUUAAUAUAAUUUAACUGUAUGCGAGAUUUCUGAUGGUAAGAAGAAAGACUGAGUAGUGUGUGGUAAUUUAUAGCAAAACACUCGAAAUAAAUGUAUUUAUUGCAAAUUUCAUCGUAUAAAAGAAAAGAGAAAUGGACCAAAAACAAUUCAUUAUAUAAACCUGUGGGGCUAUAACGGUUAUAACAUUACAACUGUUACCAUCAAAUAUUUGUUGCAAUCGAUAAAUCAAUAUUAUGGAGUAUUAUGCUACUGCAUAGGUCCAUAAUAGUGAAUUAUUUUUUUGAUUUGAUUCGAUAUCGAUCCGCAGCAAAUAUUUGACAGCAACAAUUGCUAUGCUCUAACCGUAAUAACCCCACUGGUCUAAGUGCUAUAUGGACAUGAUAUUCUAGAAGAUGAAGUCCUUAUUAUGGAGAGAAAUUGCACCCAAAAUUAUUGAAAAGCAUUUAAAACAUUAUAUUUCUACUCCUGGUUCAUAUGAAAUAAUAUAAUUAUUUUCACUAUUAAAAUAGCAAUAGAAACAACAUUACAUAAUAAAAUUGGUAUUUCCAUAACAAUCAAAUCAUUGCACUGAUAUGGUAUUGUUUGACAGUAAAGUAAACUUAAGUGAUCGGUCUUUAUGGUCUCGUAUUCGAAUGUUUUGUCACAUUUCUAUAUAAUACCAGUAACAGUAGGAUAGUAUAAAAUAUGUCAAAUGAAAAGAUGGCAUUCUUUUAAUCAGACAUAUUUUUCUUCACAAGAAAUAAUAAACAUACUUCAUACCAUACCUUUCAAAAGAUUUCUUACAGCACACUUGAUAAUUCAUACAGAAGAAAAAUUACAGCUGGUAAUAUCAAAACUGUUCAAUCAAUUACUUUAUAUAUAACAAACCAUAGUUAUCACAAUUGUUCAUUACUAAAGUUUUUAAAUGUAUCAACAAAAUCAGUAUCUAUGGAAAUCUGGAAGUAAUCUGAAUCUGUCAUAUUCUUGUAAAGUAUAUCUCAUUCAAAAGUUAUAUGGUUACUAUUUGUAUGUGUGUAUUGGUUUAUUUCUCUGUAAUGGAUAUUGUGUCGCUAAUUAUUACAUUAAAUAACGAAUUUUAGUGCCUGAAGCGAAAACUAUUGUGGGCUUUUGUGACGCCAAGUAUUAUCAAUUAGUGCCAUCUCGCUGAAACCUUUCUGUUAAGAUAAGAAAAAGGGAAUGAAUAUUUUGUUUAUAAAUGUUGUUGUAUGAAAUGAUUGUACAUACAUACUUAAAAUUGAUUAUUAUUGUGUAAAUGUA